UUACAAGCGCCAAGAUACCCGCAUCAAUGCCGUCACACAUCCCCUCGCCGGCACGGAUCGCGUCGUCGUCGCAGAGUUUGUCCCGUUCAACUGACCCCGCGGGAAGGGCACACCUGUGAUGUUGAAUCCGCGACAAGGGAAGGCGCAACCGAGAAGGGCAAACAAAAACACUCAAACACACCACACAGAAACAGACACACACACACACGCACAAAAAGAGCGAGAGAGGAAGAGAGAGAGGAAGAGAGAGAUAGAGAGAGAGAGAGAGCAGAUGCCUGGAAUCACGAGCAACGGCUAAUUUCAACGCGCCCCUCGUUGGCCUGCAUGGUCCAUGGUCCAUUCUUGUGCCGUUUCUUGCGGUACAUGCAAUGCUUGUCAAGUCUGGCCAUCGGGCGGUCCAGAAAAUGCACAUUCGCCAAAUCAGGAGUGGAACAUGCACUCGGCUGUGUGUGUUUCACUUGUCUCUGUCACCAGUCUCCUUUCUUCUUCUCCUUUCACUUUUCUCCCCUAUGCUUAACGCAGCACUCCUUUUUCAUUCUCAUCUCUUCUUCUCUUUCGACUAUGCCGCUUGCCCUACUUGCAUGCUCUGCCUGGUGCGCAAUGCAAAUUAUGCUCACCGACAACCGUGGCCGCAUCGCUCCUCAACAGAUCACCAUGUCGUCUCCCUGCUCCGCUCUGUGCACUGGUUGUAUCUACACCUACGGGCGGCAAGGUCAUGCAUGGGCAUACGCGUGGGGUUGUAAAGCCGACUGUUUCGACGUCACAAGACGCUCACCACUUGUUUGA